CCUUAUUUCGUGAAUUGCGCGGCUGAAAAUUUUCUAAGUUUCGCAGCCAACAAAGCCAGCAUUCUGCGAGAAUUUCGUUCCGACAGAAUGCUGUCAUGGCGAGCAGUACUCCCAGCAGGCAUUCUGCCAGCUAGCACUCUGACAGCGCCAAAUGUUAAUAAAUUUUGAACACGGGUCGAAGGCACAAUGCCGUCAUGUAGCUCCCCAAAAUGUCGUCAUAAUGCUGCCAUGAGUGCCAACACGGCGUGACCGCAAAAUGCCGACAUUUUGCCUUCGCACGCGUGCUCACAUUGCGACAAAAAUAGCUGAAUAUUGAAAAAGUCAAGUUUAUUUAUGUUUUUAAUUCAAAAUCUAUUAGGUUUACAGAAAAAUUCAUAGAUACCCUUUUUAUCCCCUUAUCAUGUAGAAUCAGCUAGUACUUUUUUUAUUCGCCUAUGUCUACUAACAAAAAAGUUGAAAUUUUGACCAAAUUGCCGAGUCAGAGAGAAUUUUUGUAAGCUACUCAAAACUAACAUUUAUCGAAUUCAUAUGCCUCAUAAUGCAUUAAAAAGUUAUAAUUUUACUAGAUUUAAUAAGAUAACAACUUUCUUCAUGUCUACUGUUAAAAAUCAUAUUGUUUCAAAAUUCUAACCUCAACAAACAAGGCGAUCAAUCACGUUCAAGCUUUAGAGGCUUCACAACAAAGGCCAUAACUUUUUUGAGAGAGGAUAAAUUUGAUCUAAACUAUAAAAUGAAAUUGGGUUCAUUCAUACAAGUUGUUAAUAUCACAUAUCAUUAAGCUACUUACUAUUUUUAUAAUAACUAGCGCAACAGCAGACUAAAUUUUAUCAAGAUGUAUAAUUUUGUAAGAAUAGAAUAACAAUAAUAACAUUAUCUCUGUAUAAUUUUACUUCAGAACCGUAUCUCAAGAACAAGGACACUUUCAUGUUCUCGGAGUCCAAUUUGCAACCACUGCAGUUCAAUGGACGCAAUAACUCAUGCCAAAGUAAAAUUCAUAAUUGACAAUUACAAAACAACAAUUCCAAUUGAAGACAUUCUUGAAUAUAAAGAUAAACCUCCAAAAGAUGCGAAAGAUUAUGAUAAGAAGUUUGUAUAUACAUGCUGGUACCAAGACAAUCGAAACCCAGAAUUAAGAAAGUAUGCGAUUUUAAAGAAAUAAAAUGUUGGAAGUAAAAAUGUUAAAACUGCAAGAAGCACCAUUAAAUAUGCCAAAAAAUAAAACGCAAGAUAAAAACCUUGUAAACUAUGAUAAUAAAAAAAAAAUGCACUUCCGCAUGGCACAGUCGUGCUUCAAAAAAUGACUUUACCAGAAAAAGAAGUAAAAAACUAUAAACUACUGUAUGAGGAUUUAAAAAAGAAAUAUGCUGCUCAACAAGAUAGGAUAGAAUCCUUACGAAUUCUAAAUGAGAAACUUCAAAUGUCUAUUUUGAUACCAAACAUAGAAAGGGAUAGUAAAGUUUCAGCUACAUCAACGCCAUACAUGUUCGGAAACUAACAUUUGAUAAUGUUUCGCCUAUUACGUCUGACGUACAACCUGUUGAAGCUAGACAUAUGGAUCAUCAAAAUAAUUUUAAUACGAAUUUCGACAACGAAAAAGACGAAAAAUUAUCUGAACAGAAAGAGAGCUUCGAACAGAGCAAUGAAGGAAGUGUAAAUGAGAAUAAAGACACAAGUGUUAACACAGAGAUCCCAAAUGACAUUGACCAACAAAGUAAAGAUCCUCAUGACAGAUGAUAAUUCAGAUGCAGAUGACUGCUCAAAAUACAAGAAAAAACAGGACAUAAGAAAUAAAAAUCACUGGUCGCAAAAACGAUUUAAAAAAAUGCGGAAGAACGUUAUUGAAAGUAGCGAAUCGGAGAAGUCGUAUAGCGACGAUAAUCGAAAAAACAAACAAAAAUCCAACAAAACCAAGUCGAAAGAUGAGUCUGAUUCCAAAGUUGGCGGAAAUAGCAAAAAUGAAGAUACAUUAAAAGAUCCUUGCAUAUCGCCUAAAAAAGGUAAAAUUGAAGAAAUGAAAGAUACUGGAACAAGUGGAAAGAAAUUUGGAGAAACGUUUACUGAUCCAAUAACCCAUGAAAAAAUGAUAUAUAUUAAACACGACUUUUCAUUCAAAAAUGAUGAUUUUUCGAUGUGGAUGGAAAAAAAGACGGAAAGUUUAUUUACCAAAGCUAAGAUAUGUGGAUUUUAUAAAAGUAAUGAACUAAUAAAAAGGUGCCUCAAAGAAAAUCCAAAUGUGCGGACUCCAAACGGAGGCCUUCGCUAUUAUAUUUAUAAGCGAGUAACAAAAGAUAAUAACGCGAUAAAGACAAAGCUAGAACAAAUGAACCACUAUUUUACGGAGCAGAUCAAUACAUGCAGAAAAGACUGUCGUAAAAAUAACAAGUAGAUCAGUGUAUAGUUCAAUUUCGAAUCAAAAUUACAAGAAAACUGUAUACGUAUUAAAUAUGUACAUAUUACAAUAUAACGUAUUUAUUAAAACAAAUGCACAUUA